UUUUUCGGGCAGCAAGGGGGGGGGGGCACUCUACACCCGUCUCCCUACCCCCAGUCGAAUGAGGUGGAUUUAGGAAGAAAAGACUCGAAACCCUGGGACGUGGAGAUAACCACAGUGACAAAUAGACACAUUUGGAAAUCGUCGCACGGCUUACUUGGAUACUUUUGUUCUAUUGUGGCGAUCUUCUACGUGCGAAUUCAUAAAAACGGAAUACAACCUCACACGAACAUGCAGUAGCCUAGUGUUGGUGCGCUCUAUACAUAAGCGCGUCUGCGCGGUGCCCUUGUACAGUUUGGAAUAUUUUUUUAAUGUUUUACACUCUCGUGGGAUGCAAAAUAACGGGUCUGGAAGAGGAAACGAAAUUAAAACGAGUGCCCCGCAUCUGCCCCCCAUAAACGAACAAGUCGAAGGGGUGGUUUUUGAACAUAUCCUUCUUUCGCCGAACAGAGUGCCAAGCCAUCCUGCGUGAAGACCCCCCCCCCCCCCCCCCUUCUCCUACUCGUGGGGCCUCGGCUCUGUAGCCAGGUCGAAGCUCGCCUCUGUGGAGCCAAGAUGGCUGCCGGCUCUCCCCCCUGCCUCUCUCUGCCGGCGCUGCUGCCAAUCAGCACCUUGCUCCUGUCCUUGCUGCUGUCCGGUUCACAUGCCUUAUCACCACCUCGGUUCACGAAAGUUCCCGUCGACCAGAUCGGCGUAUCCGGGGGCGUGGUCUCCUUCGUGUGCCAGGCGACCGGUGACCCCAAACCCCGGGUGAGCUGGAACAAGAAGGGGAAGAAGGUCAACUCCCAGCGCAUCGAGACGAUCGAGUUUGACGAGGGGGCGGGGGCCGUGCUCAGGAUCCAGCCCCUCCGCGCCCCGCGCGACGAGAACAUCUACGAGUGCGUGGCCGAGAACAGCGAGGCCGAGAUCAACGUCAACGCCAAGCUGUCCAUCAUCCGAGAGGACUUGCUUCCUGGGGGAUUCCCCAACAUAGAUAUGGGCCCCCAGCUCAAAGUGGUGGAGCGCACCAGAACUGCCACCAUGCUCUGUGCCGCCAGCGGCAACCCCGACCCAGAAAUCACCUGGUUCAAGGACUUCCUGCCCAUAGACCCCAACGCAAGUAACGGACGAAUCAAACAGCUACGCUCAGGUGCCCUGCAGAUCGAGAACAGCGAGGAGACGGACCAGGGGAAGUACGAGUGCGUGGCGUCUAACGUGGAAGGCGUUCGCUACUCCUCCCCCGCUAACCUUUACGUGCGAGUUCGGCGCGUGCCUCCCCGCUUCUCCAUUCCACCGACGAGUCACGAGAUCAUGCCCGGAGGCAGUGUGAACAUUACCUGCGUCGCCGUAGGGUCACCCAUGCCUUACGUCAAAUGGAUGCUCAACUCGGAGGAUCUGACGCCCGAAGACGAGAUGCCGGUCGGGAGGAACGUUCUGGAACUGAACAGCGUGCGGGAGUCGGCCAACUACACCUGCGUGGCCAUGAGCAGCCUGGGCAUUAUUGAGUCGGUGGCGCAGAUCACCGUCAAGUCCCUACCAAAGCCCCCAGGCACUCCCAUGGUCACGGAGACCACGGCCACCAGCGUCACCAUCACCUGGGACUCAGGCAACCCCGACCCGGUGAGUCACUACAUCAUCCAGUACCGAGCCAAGACCUCCGACAGCAAGUUCGAGACCAUGGACAGCAUCACCACCACGCGCUACAGCAUCGGGGGCCUUUACCCCAACACCGAGUACGAGAUCCGCGUCUCGGCGUUCAACACCAUCGGCCAGGGACCCCCCAGCGAGCCGGUGGAGACGAGAACCGGGGAACAAGCUCCGGCCAGCCCUCCGCGGAACAUCCAGGCCCGGAUCAUAUCCCCGAACACCAUGAUGGUGCGCUGGGACGAACCCGAGGAGCCCAACGGCCAGAUCAAAGGGUACAGGGUGUACUACACCAUGGAUGACGCCCAGCCCAUGAGCCUGUGGCAGAUUCACAACGUCCAGGACAGCAUCAUCACCACCAUCCAGAGCCUGGUGGCUUCGGAGACCUACACCAUCAAAGUGCUGGCCUUUACCUCCGUGGGCGACGGCCCCUUCUCGGACCCCAUCCAUGUCAAAGUGCUGAUCGGAGUCCCAGGGCAGCCCAACAAGUUCAUGGUUGGCGCCGUGUCCGACACGAGCAUAGAGCUCACUUGGGAACCCGCCCACGAGAAGGAGGGCAUCAUCAACUAUGAACUCCGCUACAAAGAGGGCAGCUUUGGAAGUCAGAUCACCAAAACGUUCGGGCCGUCUUCGUCCUACGUGGUGGAAGGUCUCCGCGCCAACGCAGAGUACUUCUUCUCUCUGGCCGCCAUUUCCAACAAAGGCAUUGGAGCCUUUACCAACGACAUAAAUCAGAAGACCCUGCAAGCCAAGCCCUCCGCCCCCCCUCAAGACAUUAAGUGCGGCAGCUCCAGCUCCACCACCCUGCUGGUAAGUUGGCGCCCCCCGCCUGUGGAGAGCCAGAACGGCGCCCUGGCGGGGUACUCGGUAGGCUACCAGGUGGUGGGUGCGGCGGAGGCCAGCGGAGGGGAGCCCAUGGAGGAGCCGGCUGUGCCCCCGUCAGAGAACCAGGUGAAGCUGCAGAGGCUGGAGAAGUGGACCCAGUACCGGGUCACCGUGGUGGCCUUCACCGAGGUCGGCCCCGGCCCUGAGAGCGAGCCCAUCAUCUGCCGUACAGACGAGGAUGUUCCCGGGGCUCCUCCGCGCCGCGUGGAGGUGGAGGUGCUCAACUCCACGGCGCUCAAGGUCAUGUGGCGCUCCUUGUUGCCGGGGCGCCAACACGGCCAGAUCCGUGGCUACCAGGUGCACUACGUGCGCGUGGAGAACGGAGAGUCGCGCGGCCUGCCCCUCAUCAAGGACGUGAUGCUGGCCGACGCCCAGUGGGAAACGGACGAUACCGCUGAAUAUGAAAUGGUCAUUGGGAGGCUCCAACCAGACACCACCUACUCCAUCACGGUGGCUGCCUACACCACCAAAGGGGACGGUGCUCGCAGCAAACCAAAACUGGUGGUGACCAAAGGGGCAGUUCCGGGUCUGCCUUAUCUGUCGGUGAUUCCGGUUUCCGAGACUUCGGCCGUGGUGCGUUGGGACCCUCCAGAGGCCACUACCCCCGGGAUGGAGCUCCAGGGGUACCGGCUGCAGUUUGGCCGCAGGGACGUGUCCCCCCUGGCCACCCUGGAGUUCAGCCCCCAGGAGCGCCAGUACACGGUGGCCAGCGUCCACCGGGGGGCCGUGUACCUCUUCAAGCUCCAGGCCAAGAGCAGGGGGGGCUUCGGCGACGAGGCGUCCGUGGAGCUCAGCGUGCCCGAGAACACGCCCGGGGGCUACCCCCAGAUGAGCGAGGACUCCAACGCCACCUGCUGCUCCGUGCAGCUGUCCUGGGCGCCGCCCGUGCUGGCGGAGAGAAACGGAGCCAUCACAGAGUACACGCUGGCGUAUCAGGAGGUGGGGGCGGGGGCGGGGGCCCGCGAACUCAGCCUGCCGGCGAGUCGGUCCAGCUACGUGCUCGACGGCCUCAGACCCAACUCGGCGUACGACGUGAAAAUACGAGCGCACACCAGUGUAGGUGCAGGGCCCUACUGCCCUCUGGUCCAGUAUCGGACAUUGGCCUUACAUGCAGAUGUCCCCAAGAACUUCACAGUGAAGUGGGUCACCAAGUCAACCGUCUUACUGACAUGGAAGUUCACCCAGACUAAGUUCCCAUUCAAAUGCACAAUUGAGUACAACCGUCAGAAGAUGGACGUGGAUGCCAGGCUGACCAAGGCUCUGGUGUCCAACCUCCGCCCCAACACCACCUACGAGUUUGGGGUCACGUGCCAGGAGAACACGGAGGGGGGCGCCCGCCACCGCGUCGUCACCAAGACGGCGCCCGCCAUCUUGGUGAAGAAGCCCAAGUUGGACAUCUACACGGAGCCAGAACACACCCUCACCAUGGUCUUCCCUCCGGUGGAGGGCAAGGAUAUCAAAAGCUUCUACGUGGUGGUGGUUCCUUUGAAGAGAGGCAGCGGACCGGUCCGGAACCUCAAGAGCCCCGAUGAAAUGGACCUGGAGGAGCUGCUGCGCGAGGUGAACCCGAAGCGGCGUUCGCGGCGCCAGCUGGCCCCGCCGGACCAGAGGAAGCCCUUCAUCACGGCCUGCUUCAGGCAGCUGCCCCCCUCCUUCACGGUGGGGGCGGAGCACCGGCACAGUAGCUGCGAGAGCAAGGCCCUGGAGCCCGGCCAGGAGUACGUCUUCUUCCUGCUGGCCGAGCUGAACAGCACCGCCGCGAAAGCGUUUGUGUCCAGCCCGUACACGGACACGUACAUGAUCCCGGAGCUGGAGGGCGACCCCCUGCCCAUCGAGACGGGCGGUGACGGCCUCAUCUGGGUGGUGGGACCCGUCCUGGCUGUGGUCUUCAUCAUCUGCAUCGUCAUCGCCAUCCUGCUGUACAAGAACCGCAAAAGAAAAGAGUCUGAGCCGCGGACAAAGUGUCUGCUGAACAACGCGGAGAUCACGCCCCACCACCCAACUGACCCUGUCGAGAUGAGACGCAUCAACUUCCAGACCCCAGGUAUGAUGAACCAUCCCCCUAUCCCCAUCUCGGAGCUGGCGGAACACACCGAUCUACUCAAGGCCAACGACAACCUGAAGCUUUCCCAGGAGUACGAGUCUAUAGACCCGGGCCAGCAGUUCACAUGGGAAAACUCCAACCUAGAGGUGAACAAACCCAAAAACCGCUAUGCCAACGUCAUAGCCUAUGAUCACUCCCGCGUCAUCCUGGCGCCCAUUGAAGGAAUCACCGGCAGCGACUACAUCAACGCCAACUACAUCGACGGCUACCGGAAGCAGAACGCCUACAUCGCCACGCAAGGACCCCUGCCUGAGACCUUCGGAGACUUCUGGAGGAUGGUGUGGGAGCAGCGCGCCGCCACCGUCGUCAUGAUGACCCGGCUGGAGGAGAAGUCUCGCAUUAAAUGUGACCAGUAUUGGCCCAGUCGAGGAACAGAAACCUAUGGCAUGACCCAAGUCACCCUGCUGGAUACCAUCGAGCUGGCCACAUUCUGUGUCCGCACUUUCUCCCUGCACAAGAACGGCUCCAGUGAGAAGCGAGAGGUGCGCCAGUUCCAGUUCACGGCCUGGCCCGACCACGGGGUGCCCGAGUACCCCACCCCCUUCCUGGCCUUCCUGCGCAGGGUCAAGACCUGCAACCCACCAGACGCUGGACCCAUCAUCGCCCACUGCAGCGCGGGCGUGGGCCGCACGGGCUGCUUCGUGGUGAUCGACGCCAUGCUGGAGCGUAUCAAGCACGAGAAGACGGCCGACAUCUACGGCCACGUGACGCUGAUGCGCGCGCAGCGCAACUACAUGGUGCAGACGGAGGACCAGUACAGCUUCAUCCACGACGCCCUGCUGGAGGCCGUGGCCUGCGGCAACACGGAGGUGGCCGCCCGCAGCCUCUACUCCUACAUCCAGAAGCUGGCCCAGGUGGAGAGCGGCGAGCACGUCACCGGGAUGGAGCUGGAGUUCAAGCGCCUGGCUAACUCGAAGGCCCACACGUCCAGGUUCAUCAGUGCCAACCUGCCCUGCAACAAGUUCAAGAACCGCCUGGUCAACAUCAUGCCCUACGAGACCACCCGCGUCUGCCUCCAGCCAAUCAGAGGCCUGGAGGGCUCCGACUACAUCAACGCCAGCUUCAUCGACGGAUACAGGCAACAGAAAGCUUACAUCGCCACGCAGGGUCCGCUGGCGGAGACCACGGAGGACUUCUGGAGGAUGUUGUGGGAGAAUAACUCCACCAUCGUAGUCAUGUUGACUAAGCUCCGAGAGAUGGGCAGGGAGAAGUGUCACCAGUACUGGCCAGCAGAGCGUUCAGCCCGGUACCAGUACUUUGUGGUGGACCCCAUGGCCGAGUACAACAUGCCCCAGUACAUCCUCCGAGAGUUCAAAGUCACAGACGCCAGAGACGGGCAGUCCAGGACAGUGAGGCAGUUCCAGUUCACCGAUUGGCCGGAGCAAGGCGUGCCCAAAUCAGGGGAGGGCUUCAUCGACUUCAUUGGGCAGGUUCACAAAACCAAGGAGCAGUUUGGACAGGAUGGACCAAUCUCUGUCCACUGCAGUGCGGGGGUCGGCCGGACCGGAGUCUUCAUCACUCUCAGUAUCGUGCUGGAGAGGAUGCGCUACGAAGGGGUGGUGGACAUCUUCCAGACCGUCAAGAUGCUGCGGACGCAGAGGCCAGCCAUGGUGCAGACAGAGGAUGAAUAUCAGUUCUGCUACCAGGCUGGUCUAGAGUACCUAGGAAGCUUUGAUCACUAUGCAACGUAAAAAGCCAUCUCGCCCCCUCAGAAUCCUGCGUUCCCCCACUCGACAGUCUCCUGAGCCAUAGAAACUUGUUUCAAAUUUGACACCACCAACAACAACAACAACAACAACAACAAGAUUAACCCCAAGAAAUAUCCAAGCCAAAAGGAAAGAGAACCCAUUGUAGAGCUUUUCGAAGAAACCUGUUAAAAAAAAGGCCAACGAUUUCAAUUGUACUGAGUGGACCUUGGUACUGGUGAGGAAAAUGUAAGGAUUCCAUCAGCAGAACAACUGGCAUCCUCGCUGACUGAUAGGAACCAAAAACAGCACUGAGCUGUUGGAUGGGAACGAUCAAAGUGACGGACUGCGUACCUUACCUCAAGUGUUCAGACAUGUAAACAUUUUGUGGACAUCUAUUAAAAAAAGAAAUGUAAAAAAAAAAACGCCGUACAGUACCAACAUCGCAAAGAUAACCGUCAGUGAAUGAAGGAUAAGCGAGAGUGACAAAGCUGAAAACCUAAAGGGACUAAGAGACAGUUAUACUUAUAUGUUGUUUAAAUGGUUGCAGUUCCCGCCUUUUCUAAAACGUAAUAGCGAUGGGGUGAGAACAAAUGUUCAUGGUUCGUGGAAAUUUGAUUAACACAUUUGAAAACUACUAUCCAGAGAGUUGGGAAUGCUGUUCUGGCCUGUGUACACACAUGAUUGUCCCCAUACAUUGAUCACCAACGAGAUGAACACACCAAGGGAGUAGAGUAGGACUGGAAGUUCAACGCUACCCAACACCCACCCCUCUCGCCACCUAGCUAGCAAACGCCCAUAGUGUAAACGCCAAACUAAUCAAACGCUCGCCAUCGUUGAAGAGCAACCCUACCCAUUGAACUGUUAAGGCUUUGUGGAGUUCAGUCUCCACAGUUGGCUAAUGAUUGCGUAUCUAAGGAACAGCAAAUGGUAGGGUGUUCUUUUGCUUGUUGUGAAAUGCCAAUUCAAUCACAUACCAGUUUCUCGAGUACUUGAAGGUGCGUACCACAUUCGGUGCUCUCAAGGACAAAAACCCGACAUGUUUAUAUAGUUCCUGGAGGGGUCGCUAACUGGCUCAGCCGCCAUUGACACUGGGGGAGAAUAUUUCUUACCAAGCUGGCGAUGUCGACGUACGAUUGGUGACAUGGGAGACAUGACCAUAUCCCCUUGACUUUUUACCAUCACUCUGCCAUUUGGAAGGGAAAUAUCGGGAAGGCUGUUUGGCCACACAAGAAAAAUGGAGGGAAUCACCAAAUUAGGAUUGGCAGCAACUUGUGGAUAAUGGUGACACCUGGGCUCUCUCUGCAAAUGUGUACAGCGACCAACACCCAUUGUCUCAUCACCUCUGACUUUUGUCUCGCGAUUAAUUGUACUUUCUUCGUUUUGUUUUCCUGUCAAAUACCAAACAUGCUGCUUAUCUCCUGUAUGCUGUAAGUGUGACUCUUCGAUAGGGGAUCUCGAGGACCUGAGGACUGAGGAUGGCCCCCCCGACUCGCCGGGCCACUCGAAAGGCCGUGGCUGGAAAACAAAUCCACGUUUGUUGUUUCUCAUUGUCCUCUCUCUUCGGGCAUCCUCUGCACUCGCCAUUUCACCAGACUUUCAUUCAAGGUUCAAUGAGAGUGGCAAAAGCCUUGUGGGGGCUAAUGGUACGGGGGGGGGGGGGGGAAUUGAAUUUGGAGCUCCGGUUUAUGUUGUGUGUUCAUAAAACAGAAGAACACUGGCUUUUUAACUCCCAAUUUUGUGGUGGAUUACUGAGGAUGUGGCAGCCAUGGAAUGCGUUGCCUGUGACAUAGAAGGGACGUGCCCUUAUACAAAUUAUACUUGCACAUCAAAAAACUUGAACUGGUUUCUCUCAAUGUUCGCAGGGCCAAUUUUACACACUCGAUAUAUGUGAUAACGAAUCCACUUUCUAUCCCCUUCCUCCCCCCUCAACUUUCUUUUUCUCCAGAGGUCAGUGCUACAGGUGUACUCCAGAGUAUGUUUUUAAGAUUUUUGAAUAGGUAUGCACACUAACAGCGUGAUGAAAGGAACUGUGUGUAGUCUUUCUUAUUUCCAAAAAAGCCUUAUUGUUAUUUGUAACAUUAUGAGACAUUAAUGUUGUAUUAUGAUGACUAUUGUUAUUUUACUUUACAUAGCGGACUUCUUAUUUUCCUUUUUGUUUCGUUUUUUAACAGAGAUAUUGUAUCGCUUCUUUUUUUUUUAUUAGCAGGAAAAAGUAAAUGCUUACUUGUUCAUAUUACGUUCAAAGACAUUCUAUUUUUUCACUGUAGAAAUGUUAAGUAUAACGUGUUUGUGUAAGUGUGCAUAUAUAUGUCUAUAUUGCACAUUCACACAUACAUAUAUUUAAAUGGGAAAUAUAAAGAUAUAUCCACACUGUUAGUAUGAAUUUUUAUGAGUUUUUCCUCUUUUUGUUUCCUUUUUUGUAUCACCCAUACAUUUUGCUCAUGUAAGAUUGUUUUCUUUUAGUUUUUUGUUUUUUUUACCAUAACCUUAACCUUGGGAAAUAUUGAGUGUUUCUCUGGAAACAGUGAAGGGAUGUGAAUGGCCAAGCGCCACUCCUACAAUGCUUUUAAAAUUCCUACCAUUUGGUAGACCUGUGCCGAUAAGGAGAUGAUGUUUUUAAUUGUUGUUCAAAUUCUUAUUAUCAUUAACUCUUAGUCAUUAGUAUUCAUUUUGAGUAUUAUUUUAUAAUUAGUAGAUUAACAUGUCUGUAAAACAUAACAUUUCAGGCAAAUUACAUUGUUACCCAUGGUUCCAUUCUGAGUUAACCAGAUGAAACACUUUGCUCACUUAGUCUUUUUAUAAAGACUUUGAUUUCCUCUUUUAAAGAGUCCCUCUAAUGUUGUUUUUAAAAUCUACACUUAUUUUCGGACAUAACGUGAAAUCAUUCAUUUGUUAUAUAUCAACUAUGAUCCAGAAUAUAAUACCUGUAAAUAAACAAAUAUAUAGAUUAUAUGUAUUUGUAUAAUUUGACCCUCAAGCUCUCCUACUUCAAAUCAAUGGAAUUACAAAGAGGAAGUUCUGCUACGUUCAUAGUUCCUCGUAUUUGUUGAGCCAUUUUUUGCCUUCUGUGGUACUGUCUCUCUGCUCCCUGAUCUGAAGCCCAUUGGUUCUCCUCUUCAUUUUUGAUCCAUGUGUUUGAGGCCUCCCCUGCUAGCUAUCCUUCGUUCACUCUUAUGGCAAAACAAGUCAGUUGAUCCGGAAGAGUCAAAAUGGACGCUGAUCCAUUUCCUUGCCAUGGAACAGGCUUCUUCUUUACACAAGUAGAAACAAUGCCAACCAGAGGGACAAUCUUUCCCUCAACAAAAAGUAUGUUCACCCUCUCUCAAUGACUAGAUUUUCCAUCUGAAAUGUCAAGAUGUAGACUGUGCACAGUAUGCAUCUUUGAUACUGCUACCCACCAUAGCAGCUGGCCAUAUUAUGACGUGAAGCCAAUAAGAGUCAUAUUGCUUGGCUUCACUGCCCUGAAAUAUGACAAUGUCAUUUUCCAGCUCAUUUUAACUUUGUCGAGAACCACACCAUGUUUUUUCAUUAUCUGUCAUGUUUUGUCACGGGAUGCAGAAUAAAUGAGGACUAAACGAGAAGGAGAGGUAAAUCCAAAAGACGAGGAGAAGGGAAUUACAAAAGUAAAGACUCGCUGUGAAUUCACUAUUCUAGCACGUCUCAAAAUGUUUCGUAUGAACUGACUCGUGAAAUGAAGACUUUUUUGACUGGAACUCAAAAGAAAGGUUAAAGGCCCAAUGCCAAACCCAAGCUCGUGGACAUCUUUGGAAGCUUGUUGCAGCGUGUUAUCUCUUUGACUUCAUGUAAAGAUGCCAGACUUAUUUGACAAAUCACCAGAAUAUUUCGCUGAGGGGACAAAUUAACAAAGGACAAAAUUACAACAAAAGAAUAGAACAUAUACAUACCACAGCCAACAAAAGAAACAGAACCCAAACUCUAUAGUUUUCUUUGUAUGAGGGCCAAGUGCUAUCGCUUUCAAACUGUUACUUCAAACUGAAACAAUAAUUGGUUUAAACCACUGUGUAUGUAGAUAUAUUGACUUUGUAUUAAAGAAAUGUUGUCUGAAA